GACCGGGUCUCGGCUGUUUUGGAUACGGUACCGGAGGAACCGCGUCUUCUUGAACGGAGAGCUGUCGACAGCAGGACACCGACGAGAUGCGCUCCGACCACGGCUUCAUCAUGCUGCUCCUCAACGGGACAGCGUGCUUGCUGGCUCUAGGACAGGAAGAUACCCACUCGUCAUCUUCUUCCUUCCCCUCGUCUACGUCUAAGUCCUCCUCCUCAGCAGACUCCUCCAAAACUCUGGGGGUUCUGGGAUCUCAGGGUUCGAUUUCACCCCUGAGUCGCUGGGUGAUGCACAGCCGCGGACGUGCCGCCAACACUUCCACAAUGGAGCUGCCCUAUCGUUCGCCAGUGCCCUUUUCCAAACAGGAAUUUUGGGAGAUGCUGGGGAGCGAUCUUUUCAAAUCAGACACGGACGCAUCGGGGAACUCGCGUGUCAAGCGCCGCCCACCAAUCGUCAAAACUGGCAAAUUUAAGAAGAUGUUCGGCUGGGGCGACUUCUACUCCAACAUCAAGACAGUGCGCCUCAACCUGCUCAUCACGGGUAAGAUCGUGGAUCACGGGAAUGGUACCUUCAGCGUCUACUUCCGUCACAAUUCCACCGGCCAGGGGAACAUCUCAGUCAGCCUGGUACCUCCGGUGAAGGCUGUGGAGUUCGACUUGGAGCGCCAGAGCGUGGUCUACCCUAAAGACUCGAAGAUCUUCAACUGUCGCGUAGACUACGAGAAGGUGGACCGCAGCAAACGCACCUCACUCUGCAACUAUGACCCCUCCAAGACCUGCUUCCAGGAGCAGACACAAAGCCACGUGUCCUGGAUCUGCUCCAAACCCUUUAAGGUCAUUUGUAUCUACAUUUCCUUCUACAGCACAGACUACCGACUGGUGCAGAAGGUCUGUCCAGACUAUAAUUACCACAACGAGAUGCCCUACCUACCCUCAGGCUAGAGCUUUGUGGAGCAAUGGUCUGGGGCAAGGAGGGCUGGUUGGGGGGGAAGGAGUUGGUAUACAAAGGAACAGUUCUAUUACGGAUGUGAAGAUGAAUGUGCAAUGCUAAUAUGGGAGGGGGUUUUUUAAAGGACACAGAAGUCCUUUUCUAAAGACUCUUCAGAAACUUAUCACUGAGCUGAUAUGGAACACCCCCUCAUGACCUGAACAUCACAGGUGGUUCUCUAAAAGGUGAAUGUACAGUAUUCGAUGUGCUGCAGUUGAUGUCUUGAAGAACCUCUUAAGCAACCUGGCAAAUGUGACCUGCAAAAACACAUAUAUGCAAAACCAAAUGGUCAGGCCCAGGAGCUCAGGGUGGAAGUGUCCGCUACAUCAGUCCGAGUCCCUGAUUGGCUGCGCUCAUCAGUGUCCAGGGUUAUGAUCUUCUAAUUAACACAUAGGAACAAGAAAAUAUGAUGGUCACCACAAGCUGCUAUGCAGAGGUGGAAGACAUUGCUGAUUUGGUGUACACUCUUAAAAAUAACGGUUCUUUUAUUAGCAUCUAUGGUUCUUUAAUAUCAAUGGAACCUUCCCAUUGCACAAAAGGUUCUUUAGAGUGGAAAAUGGUUCUUUAAAUGAUUAAUUCACUGAAAGGUUCUUUGGGGAACCAAAAACUGUGGAUCCAUGACAUCGCUAAACCUUUACUUUUAAGAGUGUAGCUUGUUUUUCCAAAAACAAACACAGAUAACACAACCUAACACACAAAAUGAACACAGCAUGACUCACUGACACUUCUUUCACCUCUGUAUAUUAAACACAAAAACAAAGGAUGACACAAAAAGAAGACUAAAAAGAAAGCCAGUGCUGUACAUGCAGAAUGCAAAAGUCUAAGAGCAAAAUGACCAGAUUUCACAAAAAGAUAAAAGCCUCCCCCUCCCUAAUAUCAAUGAGAAAGAAUGAAAGCAGGAUAGAAAGCACUUUAAUUAAAAAUACAGCACCGAAAAAGAGAUGUUAAGUCUGCAUUGAACCCAAUCUCUCUAUUGUUCUGACUGUUAGGGAAAAGCAGAAAAGACGUUUUGUUUGGUCAGGAUUCCUGACUUUGUGCUGUGAUAACUGUUCUGCUGAACGCACGAUUGCUUCGUCCUUGUCUGAAUAUUCCCUUACAGUCAGCCGGUUUAUCGUUGAGAAAAAAACGAGAAAUAUCAUUAUGUUAAUUUUGCAUAAUUUAAUCACACUGCACUGGGAGAGCUUGCAUUACAUUAUGAGAUUUACCUGGCCAAGGCCUUCUCUGGAUGUAAAAUUACCACAUUAGAUGAACGGCAUUCAAGCUGACCUUCAAUGAACACACUGUUUAUUGAUAAUUGUUGUGAAGGAAAAUCAGUUAUAUAAAAUUCAAGUGGAUUUAGAUAAAAGAUGGGCAGACCUUUUAUGUUACAAGACAAAAACAGGCCAGGUGAACUUAAGUCGUCAGGGGAGAAAUGAUGGAAGAGGAAAGACAGAGAGGAAGGACGGAAAAUAAAAGACAACAGUGGGAGUGAUGACGUCUGCAGUGACGAGCAGGUUUACAUGACAGAGUAAAGAGGAGAAUGAAAGAGGAUAUGAAAGGGGAAAAAGGUGAUGCACAACAUGAGAAAAUGAACAGGAGAUGGACCGGGAACAAACAGAUGAGAAAGAGAGAAUGAAUAUUGGGGAGGGGAAGAGGAGAGAAUCGUGGAAAUAGACUGAAAAACAAACUCAGGAUGCUAAAUAGAGUAACAUAAAAGCACAAUAUGGAACAUCAAAGUGUCGUCUCACCGAGAGAGUUGGAGGGAAGAAGCUUUUUAUGAGCCCACAAAGGGAAAAAAAACCCUCUUUGCCUGAAGUUAAAUUCAGUACGGUGAAUACACCCCUGUGGGUUUCGACGCAAUUUAGAGAGUAACGAAGACGGAAAUAUCCUGCUGGAUAGAUCAGUUUAUCCAUGUUCUUAAAAGGCAUACAAUUUAUCUCCCUCUAAACUGAAAUGUAUUGUUUUACAUACAGGCAAAGCUUAGUAGAUGUCUGGAUUUUAUAUCACUUACAGCUAUCAUUCAUACAAUCCCACUUAAACCAUGUUGCGAUUCCUUCUCAGUGCUCAUUUUGCAGCCUGUAAUUGCUAAAGAACGUAGAAGAAGAGUCACCUGUGACUGCUCCAACAGGUCUGUGUCUGAUCUGUGUAAAUGAACGUUUGAUCCAGACUGUGUUGCUUUGAUCCGUCUCUGUUGCUUUCUAAACCGUGUCGAAAUGUUUGGCCAGUCUGGUCAUAUCAAAUUUGCCUCAGUCUAAUUCUCAGAACAGACACGUGAAAAUAAAACACCUCUGUCAGUGCUCCAGGCUUUGCCCAGUGCAGCAUGUCUCGUCUGCCCUGCUGGUGAACUGAGUGCCGGGGCUCACAGCUCUCUGCUCUCUUCUCCCUCAGGCGCUGGUCUGGUCUGAGCUUCCUAAUCUCCUGCAGCUUAACUACACUACCGCCUGCACACACACACACACAUACGUAAUGGCGUAAUUGCUCAACUUGCAGGACUUUUUCAUUAUUUUAUUAUUGAUUCUAUUUUGUUCGUUCUCUUUCAGUGGUUCAACUUCAUUUUGUUGAUGUCACUUUUUCCAUUCAGUCCUUUUGUUUGUUUGUUCUCUUUCAUUUGUUCAACUUCAUUUCAGUCAUUCUUGUUUUUGUUUGCUUUUUGACAUUCAUUUUUGCUCCUUCUGUCUUUUAUUUGUUCAUUCACUUUCUUUUUCAUUCAUUCAUUCUUUCUUUUGUUUGUAUUAUUUGUUCAGUUACAUUCAUUUGUUUUCAUUCAAUCUUCCUACAUUUUUCUCACUCCUUUUCAU